CCAGCCCGAAGCCCGAGGGGACUUCGUGAUUGGGCGGGGUUGAAGAGCUGGGUGGGGCUUUCCACCAGAGGGAGCGGCUAGUAGGCGUGGCCAUUCGAGGGCGUGGUCUGCUGCCCCGCCCCCUCCCGCGCGCUCAAAGCGGAGGGCGGCUGCGGGGGCGGGGUCAGAACACUGGUGGCGGAUCCCAACGCGGCUCCCUGGAGUCCGACACGGAGCAGCACCCCGGCGGUGCCGAGCAGAAGCCGGCAUCAUGGAUUCCUUCAAGGUAGUGCUGGAGGGGCCAGCACCUUGGGGCUUCCGGCUGCAAGGGGGCAAGGACUUCAAUGUGCCCCUCUCCAUUUCCCGGCUCACUCCUGGAGGCAAAGCGGCACAGGCUGGAGUGGCUGUUGGUGAUUGGGUGCUGAGCAUCGAUGGCGAGAAUGCAGGGAGCCUCACACACAUCGAAGCUCAGAACAAGAUCCGGGCCUGUGGGGAGCGCCUCAGCCUGGGCCUCAGCAGGGCCCAACCGGUUCAGAACAAACCCCAGAAGGCCCCGGCCCCUGCCGCGGACCCCCCGCGGUACACCUUUGCACCCAGCGUCUCCCUCAACAAGACGGCCCGGCCCUUCGGGGUGCCCCCGCCCGCUGACAACGCCCCGCAGCAGAAUGGGUGCAGACCCCUGACAAGUCAACAGCCGCUCCGACCGCUGGUCCCAGAUGCCAGCAAGCAGCGGCUGAUGGAGAACACCGAGGACUGGCGGCCACGGCCUGGGACAGGCCAGUCGCGUUCCUUCCGCAUCCUUGCCCACCUCACAGGCACCGAGUUCAUGCAAGACCCGGAUGAGGAGCACCUGAAGAAAUCAAGCCAGGUGCCCAGGACAGAAGCCCCAGCCCCAGCCUCAUCUUCACCCCAGGAGCCCUGGCCUGCAGGCCCUACCACCCCCAGCCCCACCAGCCGCCCACCCUGGGCCGUGGACCCUGCAUUUGCGGAGCGCUAUGCCCCGGACAAAACUAGCACGGUGCUGACCCGGCACAGCCAGCCGGCCACGCCCACCCCGCUGCAGAACCGCACCUCCAUCGUGCAGGCGGCCGCGGGAGCGGGCCCAGGAGGGGGCGGCAACAACGGCAAGACUCCUGUGUGUCACCAGUGCCACAAGGUCAUCCGGGGCCGCUACCUGGUGGCGCUGGGUCAUGCAUACCACCCGGAGGAGUUUGUGUGUAGCCAGUGUGGGAAGGUCCUGGAAGAGGGUGGCUUCUUCGAGGAGAAGGGCUCCAUCUUCUGCCCACCGUGCUAUGACGUGCGCUACGCACCCAGCUGCACCAAGUGCAAGAAAAAGAUUACAGGCGAGAUCAUGCAUGCCCUGAAGAUGACCUGGCAUGUCCACUGCUUCACCUGCGCUGCCUGCAAGACGCCCAUCCGGAACAGGGCCUUCUACAUGGAGGAGGGCGCACCCUACUGCGAGCGAGACUAUGAGAAGAUGUUUGGCACGAAAUGCCGUGGCUGUGACUUCAAGAUCGACGCCGGGGACCGCUUCCUGGAGGCGCUGGGCUUCAGCUGGCAUGACACGUGCUUCGUCUGUGCGAUAUGUCAGAUUAACCUGGAAGGAAAGACCUUCUACUCCAAGAAGGACAAGCCCCUCUGCAAGAGCCACGCCUUCUCCCAUGUGUGAGCCCCUCCUGCCCACGGCUGCCAUGGCUGUCCCUAGCCUGAGGGGCCUGGAGUCAUGGCCUGGCAUUCCUGGGAAGGGCCAGCAAUGGUUGCCUUAACCCUGGCUCCUGGCCCGAGCCUGGGGUUUGCUGGGCCCUGCCUCACCCCCAUUAUCCUUCCACCCCACUCCCUUCACCACCACAGCACGCUGGUGCUGGCCACACUGGCCCCCUUUCACCUCCAGUGCCACAAUAAACCUGUACUCAGCUGUG